AUGGACGUCUACAAUUUGUUGGUGUGGCCUGAAAAUGUAGCCCUGACGUUUAAUUCGGCGUUUCGGGAUGACGCUCUCACACCAUUGAAAGCUCGUAAAGUACGGCAAUCGGUCUAUCGCUAUCUUCUGUUGGCUUACAUCCUUAUUCUACGAGACGUCUCAAUUCCCAUCAAGAAACAAUUUCCCACAUAUCAACAUCUUAUCGAGGGUAAACUACUCACCAAAGAGGAGCUGGAGUUAAUGGAGGCCAGUAAUAUUGAUCCAAAUUAUUGUCGUUAUUGGAUGCCAAUUUUGUGGAUUGCUCAACUUGUGAAGAAAUAUUACAAGUACUGA